UGUAUUUUGAAGCGUAUAAAGUCUUCGGUGUGCACCCAUAUUAUUUCAUUAAAUUGCUGUUACGUUAACAACSACACGCAUUUAGAGUUUGUUUUUGAAUUAAAACAAUUUGGCUGCAGCAUGUGGUCGUAGAAUAAACAAUUAAUAGACAUUAUAGUGGCAAAUGGCUGCGGAAUUAGCGCCCGCCGCACUUCCGGCGCAAAUCGAUAUGCAGGAGCCGGUCUCAAAGAUAACAUUUUUACACGCGCUCGUUGCUGGCGGCGUGGCGGGUUUUGUGGUGGACAUAGCACUGUUUCCCAUUGAUACAGUUAAGACGCGCCUACAAAGCGAGUUGGGCUUCUGGCGCUCCGGUGGCUUCCGCGGCAUUUACAAAGGAUUGGCCCCAGCGGCUGCUGGCAGCGCACCUACUGCCGCUCUAUUCUUCUGCGCCUACGAGUGUGGCAAGCAACUGCUGAGCUAUGCGAGCAACACCAAAGAUUCACCUUAUGUGCAUAUGUCCGCUGCGUCCAGCGCCGAAGUUCUAGAGUUUAGUCUUUCUUACUUCUGCAUUUCCUAA